AUGCGGCCCACAACGACCACACCGUAUGGACACGUUGAGGCAGAGCACCAUGCGGCCCACAACGACCAAGCACAUAUUGACACGUUGAGGCAGAGCAAAGCACCAUGCGGUCCAGAACGACCACACCAGAAUGGACACGUUGAGACAGAGCACAGCACCAUGCGGCCUACAACGUCCACACUGGCAUGGACGCGUGGAGGCAGAGGCGACACCAUGCGGCCCGAGCGACCACACCGAUAG